UCUCGAACCUUCCGGUUAACGCCGGCUCACCCAUAGUGCACCGCGCUGCUGCUUCCUUUCUUCUCGGCUUCUGUGGUGUUUCCAAGAUGUCGAUGCUAGAAGGUCCGUUAAAUGUGCUCGGCCAGAGGACAAGCGGCGAGUCCAUUCGCACGCAGAAUGUCAUGGCCGCAUCCUCCAUCGCUAACAUCGUCAAGAGCUCCCUGGGACCCGUCGGGCUCGACAAGAUGUUGGUGGACGACAUCGGGGACGUGACCAUAACCAACGACGGAGCAACCAUCCUGAAGCUACUGGAGGUGGAGCACCCAGCCGCAAAGGUCCUGUGUGAACUGGCUGAGCUGCAGGACAAGGAGGUCGGCGAUGGGACCACGUCUGUGGUGAUUCUUGCCGCAGAGCUGCUCAAGAGUGCUGAUGAGCUGGUGAAGCAGAGGAUCCACCCGACGUCAGUCAUCAGUGGAUACCGUCUGGCUUGCAAGGAGGCAGUGCGCUACAUCAAUGAGAACCUCACUAUUGGGACAGAUGACCUGGGCAGAGAGUGUCUAAUCAAUGCAGCCAAGACCUCUAUGUCUUCUAAAAUCAUUGGAGUUGAUUCAGACUUCUUUGCCAACAUUGUGGUGGAUGCUGCCCUGGCUGUGAAGUUUGUGGAUGGCAGGGGUGUGGCUAAAUACCCCAUCAACUCUGUUAACGUGCUGAAAGCCCACGGCCGCAGCCAGAAAGAGAGCUUCUUGGUCAAUGGAUAUGCUGUGAACUGCACCGUCGGCUCACAAAGCAUGGUAAAGCGCAUUGUUAACGCCAAGAUUGCUUGCCUGGACUUCAGUCUUCAGAAAACCAAAAUGAAGAUGGGAGUCCAAGUCAUUAUCAGCGACCCCGAGAAGCUCGACCAGAUCAGACAAAGGGAAUCUGACAUCACCAAGGAGAGGAUCCAGAAGAUUUUGGCAGCAGGUGCCAAUGUUGUACUGACCACAGGUGGCAUCGAUGACAUGUGCCUCAAGUACUUUGUGGAUGUAGGAGCCAUGGCAGUGAGGAGGGUCCUCAAGAAGGACCUUAAACGCAUCGCCAAGGCCACAGGAGCUACUGUCUGCCCAUCCCUGACCAACCUGGAGGGCGAGGAGACAUUUGAGGCCACGAUGCUCGGCCAGGCUGAGGAGGUUGUGCAGGAGCGUGUCUGUGACGAUGAGCUCAUCCUGGUCAAGAAUACCAAAGCACGCACAUCAGCCUCCAUCAUCUUGCGCGGGGCCAAUGACUUCAUGUGUGACGAGAUGGAGCGCUCUCUGCACGAUGCUCUCUGCGUUGUCAAGAGGGUUCUGGAGUCCAAGUCUGUAGUACCAGGAGGAGGCGCUGUGGAGGCAGCUCUUUCCAUCUACCUGGAGAACUAUGCUACCAGCAUGGGUUCUCGGGAGCAGUUGGCCAUCGCUGAGUUCGCUCGCUCUCUCCUCGUCAUCCCUAAGACGCUGGCUGUGAACGCAGCACAGGACUCCACUGAUCUGGUGGCCAAGCUUCGCGCUUUCCACAACGAGGCUCAAGUUAACCCUGAACGCAAGAAUCUGAAGUGGAUCGGUCUGGACCUGGUGAACGGCAAGCCGAGAGACAACCGUCAGGCUGGCGUGUACGAGCCAACCAUGGUCAAGACAAAGAGCCUCAAGUUUGCCACUGAGGCCGCCAUCACCAUCCUCCGCAUUGACGACCUCAUCAAACUGUUCCCAGAGCAAAAGGAGGGCGGGCAGUCGUACCAGGAAGCCAUGCAAUCAGGAUCUCUGGAUGGUUGAAGAGGCUGCGAUUGGUCCUGAUAAGUUCAACACCUGUAUUUAUACAUAUGGAGCGCUUCAUGGCUGUAGCUCUAGUGUAGGCCGUGCACUUAGCCUGUUUACUGUUGUCUCUCUGCGCUCGUUCCCAGAGGAACUGUUAAGUGAUUUGUUUUUGGACACUCAAUAAAGCUUCAAUGGUUGUAAAUUA